GAAUGAUAUAUAUGUUACGCUGCUACAAGGAGAAUUUGAUCGUGGCAAGAAGAAGACCCCUAAAAAUGUAGAAGUUAUAAUGAGCGUGCUGGAUGAAGAAGGAAAUCCCAUGGAGAAAGCCAUAUUUCCUGGAGCUGGUUAUGAAGGGAUCACUGAAUACAAGUCUGUCAUCUACUAUCAAGUCAAGCAGCCCUGCUGGAAUGAGACGGUUAAGGUGGCCAUUCCCAUUGAGGAUGUAUGUCGAUGUCAUCUGAGGCUCACCUUUAGACACCGAUCGUCUCAAGAUUCAAGAGAUAAGUCUGAGAAGCCUUUUGGCAUGGCUUUUGUUCGCCUGAUGAAGUCGGAUGGCACCACACUUCCAGAUGGAAAACACGAACUCAUUGUCUACAAGGUAGAUGUGAAGAAAGCUGACGACGCCAAGACAUAUUUGACUCUGCCUGGUUCGUAUGCUGAAGUGGAAGAGAAAGAGAGACAGACUGGAAAAUCCUUUCAUCAUGGUGGCAUCAUUCCCAUCACCAAAGACAGCUUCCAGAUCGCCACCCUCACCUGCUCUACAAAGCUUACACAAAACGUUGACCUUCUGGGGCUUCUCAACUGGAGAUCAAACACUGAGAGACUUGAAGAAAUUCUUCAGAAACUGAUGGAAGUGGAAGGAGGGGAGAUUAUUAAAUUCCUGCAGGACACACUGGACGCUCUCUUUAAUAUCAUGAUGGAGACUUCAGAGGAAGAAACCUAUGAUACACUAGUUUUCAAUGCCUUGGUUUUCAUCAUCUCACUCAUUGGCGACAUAAAGUUUCAGCAUUUCAACCCUGUUUUGGAGACCUACAUUAGCAAACACUUCAGCGCUACUCUGGCGUACCAGAAGUUGACCAAAGUGUUGAAUUAUUUUGUGGGCCAUGCUGAGGACCCGGCUCAUACGGAGCGACUGUACGCAGCUUUGAAAGCCUUCAAGUAUCUUUUUCAUUUCAUUGUGCAGUCUCGGAUUCUCUAUUUAAGGUUUUAUGGGAAUAGUGAAGAUGGAGGGCAGUUUCUCGACUCCAUUCGGACCUUAUUUCUUUCUAUCAGCAUUCUGAUGGACAGACCUCUGGAUGAAGGAGUUAAGAUAAAGGGAGCAAUCUUGAAAUAUCUUCCCACCAUCAUCAAUGACUUGCAGAAGGUCUUUGACGCUGUAGAGCUCAGUGUUCAGCUGGCUAAGUUCAUCGAAAGCAUCCCAGAUUUUCAGAUGGUGAGGCAGAAGCUGGGCUGUCUGGUGAAAAUUGUUGAGAGUAACCUGUUCAAACAGCCAGACUGCAGAGAUGUUUUGUUGCCUCUGAUCACAGAUCAGUUGAGUGGGCAGCUGGACGAUAACUCCAACAAACCCGAUCUUGAGGCUUGUGUCCAGCUGCUGAGCACCGUCCUGGACAUGCUGGACUGUAAAGACGUGGGUCCCACAUCCGCUCAUGUGAAGUUAAUUGUGGACCGUCUCUUGCGGAGGGUCAACCGUACGGUCAUCAACCUGAGUUUGGACUCUCCCUUCAUAGGCCACUACCUGGCAUGCAUGACCGCAAUCCUAAAACAAAUGGAAGACGCGCAUUACGCACAAUACAUCAGCACCUUCAAAACCAGACAGGACAUUAUCGACUUUCUAAUGGAGACUUUCAUCAUGUUCAAAAACCUGAUGGGCAACGUGUUUCCGCCCGACUGGAUGAUCUUGAAUCUUCACCAAAUGAAAGUUUUUCUCCGGGCGAUUGACCAGUACUCAGAUGUUCUCAACAGAUACUUCCUGGACUCCACACACUUCCACUUGCAGCUUUGGAACAACUAUUUUCACCUGAUUGUUGCCUUCCUCACCCACAAGUCCUUGCAGCUGGAGACUUUCUCGCUCGAGAAGCGCAACAAGAUUCUCAACAAGUACGGAGACAUGCGGAAAAGCAUCGGCUUCAAGCUGAGAGAUAUGUGGUACAAUCUUGGCCAACAAAAGAUGAAGUUCAUCCCUGCAAUGGUGGGGCCGAUCCUGGAAGCCACGUUAGUGCCUGAGCCUGAGCUGAGGAAAGCCACCAUCCCCAUCUUCUUUGACAUGAUGCAGUGCGAACACCAUUUCAGCACCAACCACAACUUUCAGAAGUUUGAGAAUGAGUUAAUCACAAAACUAGACCAGGAAGUUGAAGGAGGCCGCGGUGAUGAACAAUACAAGAUUUUGCUGGAGAAAACGCUGUUGGAGCGCUGUCGACGGCACCGGUAUCUGUCUCAGUCUGGUGAGGCAUUGGCUCUUCUUUUAAGUAGUCUGCUGGAGAACCUGUUGGCUUACCGCACCAUCACCCAUGAUGAGAGCCCUGAGCUCCGCAUGAGCUGCACCGUCAACGUCCUGAACUUUUACAAAGAAAAGAAGAGGGAGGACAUUUAUAUCCGGUAUUUGUACAAGUUACGAGAUCUACAUCUGGACUGUGAGAACUACACAGAGGCUGCCUACACCCUGCUGCUCCAUGCUGAACUGUUGGAGUGGUCCGACAAGCCGUGUGCGCCCCACCUGAUCCCAUGGGACGGAACUCAGGGGUGGACGCAACAAGAGCUAAAGGAAAGACUUUUUCAGGAGAUAAUGUGCAAUCUGGACAAGGGCAAAAUGUGGGAGAAGGCCAUCGAGAUGGCCAAACAGCUUGUUAAACUUCACGAAAACCAAAUGUUUGAUUUCAUAGAGCUCAGUCAACUGCUGAAACAGCAGGCGCAGUAUUAUGAGAACAUCAUGCACGCAAUGAGACCCCAGCCUGAAUAUUUCGCAGUGGGAUACUACGGACAGGGUUUCCCAUCCUUCCUCAGGAACAAAAUGUUCAUUUACCGUGGUAAAGAGUAUGAGUGGCUGGAGGACUUUAGCUUGAAGCUGAUGUCUCAGUUUCCCAAUGCAGUGAAGAUGACCAUCACAUCGCCCCCUGGUGACAACAUCUGUAACUCACCCGGUCAGCAUAUUCAGUGUUUUAUGGUGAAGCCUGUCCUAAACUUACCUUCACAGUUCAAGGACAAGGAACUUCCUGAACAAAUCCUCAAUUAUUACAGGACAAACGAGGUGGAAAAGUUCCAAUAUUCAAGACCGUUCAGGAAAGGAGAAAAAGAUCCUGAGAAUGAGUUCGCUACCAUGUGGAUCGAAAGGACCACCUAUAUCACGGCAUACUGCUUCCCGGGAAUCCUCAAGUGGUUUGAAGUGAAAUCCAUGUCGGUGGAAGAGAUCAGCCCUUUGGACAAUGCCAUAGAAACAAUGGAGCUGGCCAAUGAGAAGCUGAGUAAUCUGGUGCAGCAGCAGGCGUGUGACCGCUCUCUUCCUGUGCACCCCCUCUCCAUGAUGCUCAAUGGAAUCGUGGACCCAGCUGUCAUGGGUGGCUUUUCCAACUACGAGAAGGCGUUUUUCACAGAGGCCUACAUGAAGAAGAACCCCGACCACCUGGAACGCAUUGAAGUCUUAAAACACCUGAUCGCAUUGCAGAUCCCGCUGCUUGAUGAGGGGAUUCGGAUCCACGGAGAGAAAUCCACAGAGCAGCUCAAACCCCUUCACAACAGACUCGUCACCUGCUUCCAGGACCUGCGUGCUAAAGUGGAGAAACUCUAUGGUGUCAUUACUCUACCCUACUCUCUGACAGAGAAGAAAAAGAGUCGCGUGGGGUCGAUGGUGAUGCCGUACAUCAUGUCCUCCACGCUCAGACGGAUGUCCACUAUCUCAAACGCCUCCUCUGGACACUCCUCAGGCUCCUCCGACGGAAACCCCUCCAGACCUGCUUCUCAGGACUCGCUGCUCUCCCGUGUGAGCGACAGCAGGGCUUCGGUUCUGUCUCGCUCUGAGGAAGAUAAUCGGAUAAGUAAGAAGAACAGGAAAGAAUGGAGUAUGAGCAAGUCUCAGGUCUUACUGGAGCGACCCGCUGACAGUGACGAGAUUCCUCCAGAGAAGCAGCCAAGGCCUAAAAGUCUGACGAUAGGAGACCGGAGACUCACGCUGUCGCUGUUUCAUGGAGAAUCAUCCAAUUUGAGUUUAUACAACCCCCUCAGCCCUCUGCCUGCCUCACCACACACACCACGCAGCUCCAGUUACACGUGUCUCCCAAGCGAGAGUGACUUCGGCACACCGGACAUCACGAACACCCCUCCACCAAUGCCACCCAAAAAACACCCUCACGAGAGUGAGAGCAUCUAUAACUCCACUUCUGACUUCACGCCUCCUUUACCAGCGAAAGUUGAAAACAAGCCUCCACCGCCGCCACCCAAAACACGCAAGUCCAUGUUUCCCACCUAUGAGAGCAAUCCACAAUAAAGACAGUCCGGUUCUCCUGAAUUCAGAAGCAGACGCCCCGUGGUACUGUGUCUCAGAUAAUUGCGUGCUGUUAAAAACACUUCUUAAUGGUACUUGUUCCUCUUUUUAAAAAUUCAGAGCUGAGAGAUUGUUUGUCAUGGUUUUUUGGGAUUUCUGAUUAAACCUGUUUAUUAUUUAUUUUUGGUAGAAAAACAGCAGUUUCAUCCUCAUAAAGCAUUAUUGUUUUUAUUUGGAAAUGGACCUCCAGUGUGUAUUUAUUCAUAACUGCUGGGCAGGAACGUGACCAUUGGUUGGUUGGUUUGUUGAAUGUUAAAAUCAGCCUCACAUCCACUGGAUUAGUUUAUCUCGACCUGUAUCUGUGUCUUAUAAAUAGAGAUAUUUAAAGUUAAUUAAGUUCUGUGCACAAAUCCACUUUGCACAUUGCUCAUAAUUGUCAGGUUGCACGUUCACGCAAUUAAAACUUUUGUAGUUGGACCUUUUACACCCGCAGCACAGUUUGCAUUACUUUUCCCCUUAAGCAAGGAAAGGCUCUUGAUGGAGUUUUUUCCCCCUUACUCUACAGAGCAAUAUUUGUAUAAAAAAAUCCCAAACAUUUAAAAAGCCUGUGAAUUAAAUUUAAUUGAAGAGAAUGUAGAAGAUGCAGUAUAAAAAUUCAGGCUUUAUGAAAUUAUUUAAAGUGUCUAGACUUAUUUUUGUCAUGAUUGCAAAAAGCAGAUCAGAUGUGAAGUCUUGAAUUCAGGAAUGCUACCUAUUGUGUCAAAACUUAAAGGAAUAAUUCACCCCAAAAUUAACAUUUGCUGAAAAUGUACUCCCCCCUCC